CGUCCGUAUCUCGAACGAACUACACGCGCUCAAUUGUUUUACCAAUUCUUUUAUUGUCAACACAAGUUUGUAAACUGCCAGUGUUUUGUUUUGUGAGUGGACUAUAUUUUGACAACAUGUGUGAGAAGAGAAUAAGGAAAAUCAAAAAAGGUUCAAACCUUAUGCGACUAAGAGAGGCGAGGCGCAUGCAGCGGCUGCAGCGGCUGUCGUCGCCGCCGGCGCCCGAGGCGGCGCGGCCGUGCCAGCCGCCGCCGCCGCCGCCGGCGCUGCCGCCCGCCGACAACGGCGCCCAGAGCCGCGUCCUCCUCGAGCUCGCCUGGAAAACCGUCGCGCUCAUGCAUAAAAACAGAAUAAUACAACAAAAAAUUGUAGCUCUACAAAAAGAAACCUCAGAAUUUGUCGCCUCCAUCAUGAAUAACCCUGAAAACAAGAAGCGGUACAUGGAACACGUCCGCGCCUACAAGCUCGCGCAACAGACGCAGGCGCAGUCCCCUAAAAUUGAUAGCAACAAUCUGCCGCUAAAAGUUGAACCAACUAUAUAAGCGUCUUUGUCUGCUUGUAUGUCUGUCUGAAGCGAAUGUAUGAGUGUAAAUAAUUGAACCGUCUAUUUUUAGCUUAUUAAAAUUGUGUAUUAUCAUACGAUAAUUAAAUUCGAGUUAUGAAUGUCCUAGAUAUAAACUUGCGUUAUUACCCCUCUUACUUUUAUAAUCGGGUUUACUUUUUUACAUAAAUUGAUAGAUUGAGACAUAAUUGUCAGGGGUUUAUUAAGAUAACUAGAUAAGGUGACGGCCGAUAUAUACAAAUUUUCGUGUCGAUAUUCUAUAUGAAUACACUAUAAUAGACAAUAUGAAUACACUAUAAUAAAAGAAUUAUGAAACUAAAUUUUUGUAAAUGUCACAUAUCGGCCACGACACAGUCACCAUAGCACUAACAUGAGUGUGGAUUUAUAAAACAGAUCAAUGAUCAGUGAAAAAGUUUCAUUACAGUAUUACGCAAAGUUUUAUAAAAAAAUUAGUAUACCUACUGUUUUAUGUGUUCAGUCUACAUAGUCACUGUAAACAAAAACUGCCGCCGUGUUGUUGCGUCAUGAUUUAACUUAUUUAAUACGCUUGAAUUAGUUUAAUAAUGAUAAAGUUCGAAAAUUGCGGGCAUUUUCUCCAUCACUCUAAUUGCACCUCAAUGGGCGUACAAGAUAAAGAUACCCGCAAUUUUCAAACAUACACACCCAGUUGGAAUAGCAUUGUAUCAUCGAGCUAACGUGCUGCAAAUACUAAUUGUAACUUUGGUAAUUACUUACAAUUUUAAUGCGUAGUAGACUUUUAUUAUUAAGGUUAUUAAUUAUUAUACUAUUAUCAAUCCAUUUUGACGUUAAAUGUCGCUAUUCGAUAAUUCAUUAAUUAUCUUCUUAUUUGUGCGAUGGUAAGGGAGUUGUAAAUGUAACAUUCAGUACUUCUGGACUUAAAUUUCGAACAUAGUGUAUGUUCUGAUACAUUACAGCAAUAAUAUUUUAAUGCAGUGUCUUAAAAAAGUUGUGGAUAAUGGAGGAUACUACUUCUACUUAGGUCUAGCAUUAAGAUUUUUUUGAGGUUGUAUCUAACAUAAGAGUAAGAGGCUGUAAGUUAAAAGAGUUGCGGGAGAUCUUCGUACCUUACAUUCGUUUAGAUAUACAACUUAUAUUUAAAAUUAAAAACGUACAUUUGUUAAUGACAUGAAUUAGUAGGAUGUACGAAAUCGUGAUUAAUGGAAAACUUGAGUUUCCAUUGCUUAUUUUAUUAAGGUCGAUAUUUUAAUGUUUCACGGUACGAAGACGAUAAAGGCAUUGUUAAUACUCUUAAGUUAUAGGUACAUUUCUACGUAGGUAUGUAGAUGUUAUGAAAAUUAAAAUGCUGGUAUUUACCAGUAUUAUCGUUUUUCGUUACGUUGUCCAUUCGAGGCUUCUGAUUGUAUCUAUCUAUUGACAGAACUAAAAAUACCUACCCUAAAUAGUAUCAUUACACCCGUGUAAAAAAACUUAAAAUAUUAAAAUUAAUUUCGGUAUUCGUGCCCUUUUACAAAUAAAAUCAUUAGAACCUCAAUAAGUUGUUAUAAUGUCUAUUAGGAAACAAAAUGUUUCACUUAAAUACGUGCAUUUGUUUACAUUGCUCGCUGAAAGCGCGUUUAAUUAUGGUUUUCAUUGCCAAGCUGAAUCGCUAUUUAUUCCAUCGUUUUCAUUUAAGACUGUACUGAAGGUUUAGACUGUUUAGCUUCAUAGAACGUAGAUUCCGUAAUAAUAAGUAGCAUAUGUCCAUAUAUCCAGAAUCUUAAUAACAAUUUGUGUGGUACCUUUUACAAAACGCCUAAAAAAAUGGCAACUUUAAAUACAAUAAUCAUUGAUAUUUUCAUAGCGUCGCCUGUAGUAAGGUUUAAGUAAACGUCAUAAUUUCAUAGACUUUUAAAGUACCUACUGUCAGGCUAACAGACAGACAGUGGUUUUUCACUACUAAACCAUUUUCUACUUAUUACCUUGCCUGAAUUUACCAACAUUAACAACUUGUGUACUUUCAUGACCUACGUAUUUUAUACAAUUUGCAAUAAAUUGAUGAAAAUAAUGUAAAUUGAUAGGUAGGUACACUAAUGAUUGUAGUAAUAUACCACUAGGAAGUACCUAAGCUAAGUACCUACGUAUAAUACCUACAUCAGUUUCUGUUCAUUUUGCCUUAUAUACUUUCAUUAUGUUCGAAUAUAAUUUUGAAAAUAAGAUUGUUUUGUCCUUCUCACUAAGUAUCGCAACACGUUUAAUUGUAUUGUAGACAUUGUCUGUUGUUAAAAGUUGGAUAAGAGGUACCUACUUAUAGUGUUUGCUGAUUCGCAUAGAUUCACGAAGUGCUUCAUUUACCUCAUAAGAAUAUUUUGAUCAAGGAAAUGUUGUAUACCUAGGUAUUUAUAUUUCAAGUCACUUUCACACAAAAGCACAGAACUUAGCACCAAUAAUUGUGUUCACUUUACACGUAUCUACAGUAAGUAGGUAGGUAGGUAGGUACCUAAUAAUAUUUAUAACCCAUUAUUUUCGAUAACUUAUGUUACGUACUAAAUACCUAUAUGUGUUUUUAUCUUAUGUUAUUCGCAGUGCAACUGCAAACAAGUAGGUACACUUGUACUCGUAAAAAAAAAAAUAUCUGGCCAAAAUUAUAAGUCGAGACUAUGGAAUGUGAAUGUCAAACAAAAAAUUAGCGAAAUUCCAUAGUAUCGGCGCAAAUUAUGUACAAAACUAUGUUUUUUGAUCUCAUGAAAAAAUACGAAAUUCGUACAAAAGUGACACAUUAUUAUGUUUUUAAUGUAUUUGAAUGUUACCCAAACAUAAAACAAAUCUCUUGUGUGGUGUAAUUAAGAUUACAAUGGAAUUAAACUAGUCUUUUUGAAUGUAAAA